AUGCUAAUACUAUUCUCUUUUCUUGUGUUAACUUAACAAUAAAAGGAUGUAGAAUUUGAUAAUAAAAAUUAUUGGACCUUGAUUGAUAGAAUCUCUAGCGAUAAUGUCUAUAGGAUCAAAAAUUUAACCAAUCCUUAUUAUUAUGUCUAAGUUACAUUGUUUUAAGACGAUUGGUCUUUUUUACUUAAUUAUGAUCUUAAUUAAAUUCCAAAUUUAAACACAUCUAGGGGUGAUUACAUAAGGUAUUACAAUAGAUAAUGAAUAAGUUUUUAUGAAAAGAGAAGAACCAGAUUUCUUAAAAUAGAACCCAAUGGCAAAAUUAUUUACAUCACUGCACAUUCUAAUAGCUCUAGGGGAAAUUAUAAUAUAACCAUAUGGGGAAGCAAAGAUGAGUAUUGUGAUAAUAGUUGCUCGAAUUAGGGAGAGUGCUAUGUAAAUAUAAAUUCUAUUUUAGGAGGAUGGAUGCGAAUGUAUAGCUGGUUAUGUAGGUUCUGAUUGCCAUUAAACGGCUAUGGAAAUUCAAGAGGAUAAAAAUGAGAUAUACUUUUAUGGAAACGAGACACAAUUCUUCUAUCUGAACAUAGAUGGUUAUGAUUAAAUGGACAUUUAAUUAAAGCUAAGCGUAAAUUAUAAACUCAAAAAUAGACCAACAGUUAUUAAGGGAUUGAAAUAAUAUUGCAACUAACAGAUGCAUUAAUCAUUCCAAGUCAAUAUCAAUUGAGUAAUGAAGAGAGCUAUAUAAAACAAUCCAAAAUUUAUGACACUUAGCCAUUAGACUUAAUCUUUUAUAGUCUUAGUCCUUCCAGCGACAAUAUCUAACUGGUUUUUGCAGCAAGACCCAUAAAUAGUCCCUUAGAUACUAUUGUUUGCAUUUUAACAAUAGAACUCUCAAAAUAUGAUAAGUCCGAAAAUACUUUUUCCAUAAUAGUAAUAAUUAUCAUUGUCGUUGUUAUCUCAGUAGCAGUGAUUAUAAUUAUUAUAUUGUUUUUUAUAUGCAAAAGCAUUAGAAAGAGAAAAAUGCUAAGAAUGUAAGCAAGAUUAAGAAUGGCUAGAUUAGAAGGUCAGCAAUAAAAUCAGAUCACUUAAUAAUAAGAUUAUGAAAAUCUUUAUGAUUUACUCACUCCGAUUCCAAUUUAAGAUUGUAAUAAUUAAGAUAGUUGUGCCAUUUGUUUAGAUAACUUAAACAAUAAUUAAGAAGUCAGAUAAACCCAUUGCCAGUAUUCAAUACUCAUUAAUUUAGUCAUAAUUUUCAUUCUCUCUGUAUAAAAGAGUGGCUUUAGAAAAAUAAAAAAGAAUGUCCAGUUUGCAGAUCAAAUUUAGCCAUUAAAGAUGUUAAGACCAAUCAAGAACCAAAUAAAUGA